UCAUGAUCAUAUCAUUUCAUAUAUAUAUGUAGGAGUGGCAAUUUUGAAAAAUAACAUAUACCGAAGGAGAGAGAUGGAGGGUGAAGCACAUAAUUUCAUUUUUGUUUGGAGUGUAGCUUUGGCAUCUCUUCUCUACUCUCAUAAUAUUGGAAUGUUUAUUUCACCAGGUACAACAAGAUUCUUGUCUUUAUUUCCAGUCAUAUUUCUCUUUUUUUAUCUUCCUUUAAGUCUUCACACAAUGUUCCUUUGUGGUCCAACCUUCUUCGUCUUGUCAUGGCUUGGAAGCUUCAAGCUCAUUCUUUACGCUUUUGGUCAAGGUCCUUUGUCUUCACAUCCACCCCUUCCUUUAUCUCAGUUCAUGUCUACAGCUUGCCUACCCAUUAAGAUCAAAAAGAACCAACUGUACUCAUCUCAAGAUUUCACAAAAAAACCCCAGAGAUCCCCUAAAGAUUAUGCUCUUAGGGUUCUUCUCUUAUUGGUUGCAGUUAAGGCUUAUGGAUAUAGAGAAAAUCUUCAUCCUUUAUUCGCGACCUCAAUUUAUGCCUAUUAUAUCUUCUUCUCGCUGGAGUUACUCCUCGCUGUGGCUGCAUUUUUUGCUCGAAUCCUCGUUGGUGCUGAACUUGAACCACAAUUUGAUCAGCCUCACCAUGCUACAUCUGUCCAAGACUUUUGGGGUAAAAGAUGGAACCUUAUGGUUUCUAGCAUACUACGCCCUACAGUGUACUUUCCAGCUCGCCAGAUCUUCGGUCAUCUGCUUCCUGCAGGAUGGUUAGCAAUUCCUGCUGUUUUCUCAACAUUUUUAGUGUCUGGUAUCAUGCACGAGAUGAUAUUUUACUAUCUUGGCCGGUUAACCCCAACAUGGGAAGUUACUUGGUUCUUUGUAAUUCAAGGCAUUUGGGUUGGAACUGAGAUUGUGCUCAAGAAACAAAUAGGUCAGAAGUUUGAGCCACCUACCAUUGUAUCGAAGAUAUUAACAUUGGCGUUUGUGUUGAUUACAAGCUUUUGGCUCUUCUUUCCGCCAUUCAUGAGGUUAAAUCCAUUUGGAAGAGGUUGUAGAGAGGUAUUGGCAUUUGGAGGUUUUUUCAAGCAUGGCCAAUUAAUUAGCCCUGACGAGUAUUCAUGUCCAUAUUUUUAAAACGGACAUAUAUAUUUUUGCAUAAAUAUAUAAUAGUAGCUAAUAUCAGUUGUGUUUGGCAAAAGUAUUCCUUUGGAAACUACAGUUUUUAUUUUUAUAUGAAUGUUUGAUAAAAUUUGUUGGA